AUGUAGUUUUGAUAGGCUAUAAGUCCUGUGGAUAUUAGGGCAGGGUUAUUUUUGUGUAUCUGCUGUUACGGUCUCCAAAAUAGGGACAAAGGUGGAGUCAAGUACAGAUAUGCUGUUUCAGCUUCGGUUCACAACUAAGCAGUUGGAACGUCUGGCCAAAAAAGCAGAAAAAGAUCAAAAAGUUCAACAGACAAAAGUCAAAAAGGCUUUGCAACAGAAGAAUGUGGAAGGUGCCAGGAUAUACGCAGAGAAUGCCAUUAGGAAGAAAAAUGAGGGACUCAACUUCUUGAGGAUGGCAGCCAGGGUUGAUGCUGUUUCAUCUAAAGUGCAAACAGCCUUAACCAUGAAAGCGGUCACAAAAGAUAUUGCUGGUGUGACAAAGGCACUUGACAAGGCCAUGUCGUCUAUGGAUUUAGAAAAGGUUGAAAAGAUAAUGGCCAAAUUUGAGACACAAUUUGAAGACUUAGAUGUUAGGUCACAGACUCUUGAAGAUGCCAUGGGUACUGCAACUACACUUACUACACCUCAGAACCAAGUGGAUGCUUUGAUACAAGAAGUAGCAGAGGAGAAUGGAUUAGAAAUAAUGGACCAGUUGAAGGAGCUUCAGCCUGGCGCAUCAUCCUUGCAGGCAUCUAAAGAAUCCAAACAAGAGGAUGAUUUAUCUCGAAGGUUACAAGCAUUACGGAACUGAAGCUGUGUCCCAGCCUCUACCAUCUGCUUCCUCUCCAGUUUAGCCAGUGGACAGUGCUUUUUUAGAUGAUGUACAGCGUCCAUGUAUAUACAUUUUGUACAUUGAGAUGUACAUGUAUUCAUUUUCACAACGUUAAGAAGCACACUGUAAAAAAUUUAUAUUUACAGGGGUAUUCGUUUUUUUUUUUGGUAUGUUAUGUAUAUUUAUUAUCAUUCCUGUCAUUUCUAUCUUUGCCAUAUCACCUAUCAUGGGUCAGUUCAUGAAGUGUACUUAGUGCUAAGUAACACUUGGCUAAGUACGCUUCAUACUCUAUUUCUUCUAAUUUUUGGGACACCUGUUCUGCUGAUUUUAGCCAAUAUAUAUGUAAUUGUAGCAGGAAUAUUGAGUUUCAUUUUGCUCAUGUGGUCAGACCAUCAAAUGAACAACAUAAUCAUAUCUUUACUUUUCCAAAAGGCUGUUAAAGAAAUGUAAUGCAACACUUUGACUACUGAUAUCUGUCUCAAAGAUUAGAAAAAUUAGGGUAUUUCUAAAACAUACGUUGCCAUGGUAGUUAAGGGCUUAGGUGAGCUUCAUGAAACUGGGCAGUCAUCAGCUUGGAUUCUAACUUCUGAGUCCUCCACAGAUCCCAGUUGUUGAGUAAAUAUUUUGACAGCUGACUGAUACAUUAGCUAUAGAGCCCUUGGCCAACCAACAAGGUUGAUUUGGUACCAUAGUCUGAGAAUCACUCUGUUGCUUCUAUGCGUCUGGUCCAACAACAGAAACAAAAAUCUUUUAAGAAAAAAGAUGUCUCCAUUUUCAGUCUUUUCAGUUUUCUCCAUGGAUAGCUUGAAAACACAGCAAAACAAUAUGGCACUGAAGAAUAAAAUGAUGAGAGAUUGUUUGCUGAACAAUACGCCUGUGCACUGUGAAAUUUGCCUUGUUGUUUUGUUCGUAAUGGAUCAUAAGUUUCAGGCCUCACUUCUCGGCCAAGAAUUCCCAUUUAUUAGCCCAUGUUUGAAGAACUUUGUGCUAUUAGAUCUACAAGCCACAAGGCUGGAAGCUCUGUUGUAAUUGUUCAAUGUUAUUAUUAUUAUAUCCUCUAUAAAUUGCUCGGCAGCUGAUACUGUGAAGAAUCGCCGAUUUUUACUUAAGUGAUGAUCAAGGUCCAAGAGCUUAUUUGCUGCGCUGAAUUGUUGGAAGUCGUGUAGAUAGAAAGAUCAUGGUUUUGAUGGAAAGUUAUGAUAAAAAAAAAAUUGUCUUUAAUUUUUCAUUUUUGAGGCAUAAUUUGCACCUCGUUAUUACCCAUCUAUUUUAUGCAUAUUUUCCGUCAAGCAGUGGAUGGGAAUUAACAGAAAUGCUGUCAACGAUGAACUUACCUGCUUAGUGAGACCAUUAUUGUGCCCCUCAUGCUGGGUCUGUUUUCCCCAGAACAGGGUUGUUUUGACAUUCAUCACUGUUGAUGUCACGAUUGUUUCUGGACUGACUCCUCAGGUAUGAGGAAAUCUGCUGCUUAAAGCCAUUCUUAUGGUCAAGAAGAAAGUUAAGAAGCUUUUUAUUGUACCUAUGUGUUAAGACUCAUCGUAAACUGUAUACUAGUAUUAAGAAAUGAAAAUCAAAUGUUUCAUGCAUACUUGAAAGUAAAAAACUCUUGAGUUUUGGAAAUAUGAAAAUUUUGUUGUCUGCAGGAAGAUAGUGUAUUGUUACUUAGCCAAUGCAAAUAUAUAUGUAGGUCACGCCACCUUUCCUGCAAGCUACGUACAACAUAGUUGAGAAUAGGAAUUACCUAGGAUUUGGUAACAUACUGUAUUCACCUCAUAGUUUAACAUUUGUCAAGUGACACAUUUUGCUUGAUUCUGACAGAUUCAUCCGCCAUGUAUUCCCACUUACAAGUUCUUUGUGAAAUUUGUUUAAUUUCUUAUCAGGAAAACUUAAGUGUUUGAAGUGAAAGUAUCAUUUUUAGUCCUGUAUGUGCAUCUGAAAGUGCGCUUAUACGAACAGUGACAGUGUUUAUCUGGUUCUGAAAAGAUUUUGGUUUUUUAGGUUCCAUUUAAGGUUGUUAUGUAUGAGGCACAUGGGUGAAGCAAAAUAGAUACAGUAUACUGGUAACUGGAAAUUAAGUAAAAUUUUCAUUUUUGCUUUAUCAUUGUAUACAAUGAUAUAAUAUGCAAACAUAUUAUGUCUAAAUGAGAUCUGGAGGAAACUUCUGA